AUGAACCGGGGCCAACUUCUUGCGGCACUGCCGACCGCCAGCCCACGCAUUGAUGCCCAUCAGGUACUUCUUCCGAACAAUUCGCUGACGACUGCAGCAGCUAGUCUCUCGCCGCAACUGCUUUGCUCUUCUCAUAAGCCAUCUGCUCCUCAUCCGCAUGCUCCUGCCCUCUUCUGUCUGGCUUGUGGCGCCGAUGCUUCUCCGCCGGCCGUCCUGAUCUGUGUCGAGUGCGCAGGCGCCUUUCAUUCCUUCUGUCUCGAUCCGCCGCCAGAGGCCAUCCCGCCGUAUGCGCGCUCUACAUGGCGGUGUGAGGCGUGCAAGGUCUGCGCUGUCUGCACCAACGACGACAACGGGAGUUCGCUGCUGGUCUGCGAGCGCUGCGAGCGAUCGUUCCACACGUACUGUCUCCGCCCGCCGCUCAAGGCCGUGCCAGACACGCUGUGGCUUUGUGCCGGCUGCGAGCCACAGUGCGCAGCCUGUCCAGGCUCGGUCGAGCUGGCUCGCCUAGUCUCGCCCAUUGCUGGCCACAAGGACAACCCGCUGCUCUGCGAGCCGUGCACUGCCGCCCGCGCCGCCGGCCACUACUGCAAGGGCUGCCAGCGAACGUACGACAAGGACGAUUAUGACGUCGCCAUGGUCUCGUGCAAUGCCUGCGAGGGCUGGGUCCACAUCGAGUGCGACGCCAUCUCACCGGCGCUCUACGAGGGCCCGUUUGCCGAGGACGACGUUCCCUACGAGUGCCCAGAGUGCCGCCCGCCCGAUGCCGAGUGCUGGUGGCUGACCUCAUCGAUCCCACCGAAUCACCGCCCGCAGCCGAUCACCGUCCUCGCCACGGCCGAACCCGCCAAGAAGCCCGCUCCCGCUACCCGUCUCACCUGGUCGAGCGCGCGUCUGCUGCCGGACGACAAUGCUCCGCUCCGCCUGAUCGUCAUCGCCAAGCCCGCGCUGGUCAAGACCGAACUCUUGCUGCCAUCGCCGCCACCCUUGGCGCAGCGCCGUCUUGCUGGCCUUCCGCCCGCUGCUGCCGCUGCCUCCAACCCGAUUGGCAUGGACGUGGUAGCUGCCUGCCGCGCCCCGGCCACACCGCCGCCAUGCGCACUUGGCGAUGCAGCCGGUUCCGAGGCAUCGGAGCUCUCGCUCUCGCCCCGCCCGCUCUCGUCAUCGCCGGCGUCAUCGCCGGUCAAGGCAGAGGCGAGCUCGCCACCACGGGCGACCAAGGUGGCCCGGACUCUUGAGGCCGCCGACUCGCCGCAUCGCACCGGCACGACCGUCUUUGGUCACGUCGCGCCGCCUCUGCUUGCCGAGACCCGGACAUGCUACCUGUGCAGCGGCGUUGGCGACCGGUCCGAUGCUAUGGAGGGCCGACUGCUGCACAUGAUGGGCUCGACCUGGGUCCAUGCUGCAUGUGCGCUCUGGUCGUCGGGCGUCCGUGAAUGCUUCGGCGUCCUGCACGACCUCUGGCCGACAGCGCGCAAGGCCAACAAGCAAAGCUGCACGGUCUGCCGCCGCAAGCGGGCGACGCUCAACUGCUCGUACGCCUCGUGCCGCGUGUCGUACCACUUUGGCUGUGCCGUCGCCUCGGACGCCGAGCUGGCAUACGUGCCCUCGCUCGGCACGCGGGUCGUCCGAUGCGGCAAGCACGCCGCCGCGAGCAAGAAGCGUCGCGCUCGGGUUGUCUAUGACCCAACGUCGCCCGACGCGCUGGUCGACCACCCGCAGUUCUCCAUCCGCCGCCGCAUGUACGUAUCGCCGACCUACGCCGCGCUCGCGCAGUAUGCCCGACUCCACCGUGUCACCGCCGCGCCGCAUGCCAACGUCCCGUUCCGCAUCGGCGCUGUCACUGUGGUCUGCGUCGGCGCCGUCGUCGACGCCCCGAGCUGGUACACGCGCGACACCAUCACGCCCGCCAACUACACCGCCCUCAUCCCAUUCUGGUCGGUUGUCAAUGUCAACGCUCGCGCCGAGUACCGCUGCGACGUUGUCGCGCGCCAUCUCGGCGACGACAAUGCGGCCGAGCCCAUGACCGCCGUCUGGCGCGUGGUGGCACCGCCUGAAGUUCCGGCCCCGGUCCCGGCUCACCCUGCCGCCGCCGCUGACUCGGCGCUUGUGCUCGUGCCCGGCAGCGCGGUCACUGCGCCGGUGGCCGCCAGCCGUGCUCGCGCGCUCGCGGCGCCAUCGGCGGCGCCGUCAGCCGAGACUCCGCAGCCGUGGGCUGUCGCUCCGCCACUCUACCGCAUCUCGAUCCGAGCAACGCCUGCGCUCGCCGCUGCUCUCGCGGCGCCAAGGGUGAGUGCGGAUGACGUGGCGACCGCCGUGUGGAUCCCGUUGGUGGUUGCUACAUCUGCCGACGAGGCAUGGGAGACGGUCCGCACCCGAGUCAAUGCCAUCCGCGCGGCGGCAAAUGCCGCGCUGGCUCGGGCGGCCGGUAAGUCUGCACUCUCGGUCCUCGACCGCCACCCGUUCCCGCAGUACGAGCCGGUGCUUGCGCCGCUCCGCGGGCGCGACAUGUUUGGCCUGUCCCACCCGACUACUCGGCGCUGCAUCGAGUCACUCCCGCUCGCCUUUCUCUGCGCCGAGUACAACUUUGAGUUUUACGAGCGGCGGAGCGCGUGGGACGCGCAGCUGUGGCGGCUGCCGAGCCUGCUUCCUGCAGGCGCGGCGCGGCUGCAGCCACGGAUCCGCAAGGUCCGCCACUCGUCGUCGGUGGCGCGGCGGGCCAACGCGGGAAUCACGCCGGUGGCUGCCGCCGUCGGCCCCGACGUGGCACGCAGCAGCAGCUCGUCACGCCCGGCCACGCCUUUGGCGGCGUCGCUGGGCCCGUCGGGGCGGGCGCCGGCGCCACAUCCGGCGUCGUCAUCGAAAAAGUCUAUGUCGUCCAAGGCCUCCGCGUCGUCCAAGGCCUCCACAUCGUCCAAGGCGCUUGGGCGGUCGUCGUCCAAGAUCGACAAGUUUGACGACGUCGGUGGGCGGAGUGUCAAUCAGCUCCCGCAGAGCAUGCAGUACCGUGAGCUGCUCUCAUUCCCGCCGGCGCUCCGGAUCGGCCGGUCGCGUAUCCAGGGGCACGGCCUGUUUGCUGAGGAAGACUUUCCGCCCGGCACCAUGCUCAUCGAGUACCGUGGCGAAGUCAUUCGGUCGACCGUUUCGGACGUCCGCGAGCGGCGGUACGACUCGGAGGGCAUCGGGUGCUACAUGUUCAAGAUUGACGACGAGCACAUUGUUGACGCCACCAAGAAAGGCAACGAGGCGCGGUUCGUCAACCACUCGUGCGACCCCAACUGUACCACCAAGACCAUCUAUUGGAACGGCGACCGCAAGAUUAUCAUCGUGUCACGCGUUUUUAUCCGCGCUGGCACCGAGCUCACGUACGACUACAAGUUCCAGCGCGACGAGGACCCCGACCAGCGAGUGCCGUGCGCGUGCGGGGCGCGGACGUGCUCCGGUUUCAUGUCGUAGGCCAUCCGGUAAAAAAGGUGUAGCUAUCCGA